AUGUCCGCCCUCACUCUCCAAUCCAAGUUUAAGCUAAACAGCGGCCACGAGAUCCCCCGCCUCGGCUACGGCCUUUGGGAAACUCCCGCCGACAAGGCGCAGGAAGUCACCAUCGACGCCCUUAACCACGGCUAUCGUCAUAUCGAUGAUGCCGCCGUCUACAGAAACGAAGCAGGAGCCGGCGCCGCCGUCCGCGCCGUAAGCGCCACAAUCCCCCGCUCCGAAAUCUUCUUCACCUCCAAAGUCCCCGGCCGCGGCCUCAACUACGCCGACGCCAAGGCCCAAGUCGACCGCACCCUCAAGGAGACGGGCCUCGACUACAUCGACCUGAUGCUCCUGCACGCUCCUUACGGCGGCUCCGAGGGCCGGAAGGGCGCCUGGAAGGCUCUCGUCGAGGCCGUCGAGGAAGGGAAGGUCAAGUCCAUCGGCGUGAGCAACUACGGCGUUCAUCACCUCGAUGAGUUGGAGAGGCAUAUUGCCGAGUUGGAGGAGGAGAGGGGCGGGAAGGGGAAGGGAGGGGUUUUGAGUGUGGGGCAGUGGGAGAUUCAUCCUUGGCUUCCGAGGAAUGACAUUACGGAGUGGGCGAAGAAGAGGAAUGUUGCAGUGGAGGCGUAUAGUCCGCUCGUGAGGGGGAAGAGGUGGGGUGAGAAGGCUGUUGUGGAGCUGGCGAAGAAGUAUGGCAAGACGGAGGCGCAGAUCUUGUUGCGGUGGAGCUUGGAUAAGGGCUAUAUCCCGCUUCCUAAGAGUGUUACUCACUCUAGGAUCUUGGAGAAUGCUGAUCUGUACGAUUUCCAGCUUACGCCUGAGGAGGUUGCUGGCUUGGAGACGACGGAGUAUUCUCCUGUUUGCUGGGAUCCUACUGUUAGCCCCAUCGAUGGCUAA